AUGCUCGGCCCGGAGACGACGACGACGAUCGAUGUACAGCGAUUGCAUGAGCAAGGCGGCGAGUUCAUCCAGAUGCCGUGCGGUCAGGUGGUGCCCGUGGUGGCGGAAGCCACGUUGGAGGAUAUGCUCGGGCUCGGCCCCGGCCCAGAGACGAUGUACUGCGGCGAGUGGAGCGGCGGCAUGGCAACAGCACGUAUUCCAUUUCCAUGGAGCAGCUACGCGCCGACGAGUUCGUCCUACACAGCAUGCAGCGGUCUUCUUCAAGGAUCAGAUCCCCUCCUCCAGCUUCCUCCGUAUCUUAUGUGUUGA